CGCGCCAUCAGGAACCGGAUUGAACCGCUCUUAAAGGCCGUAGAACUGAAGCACCGGGAAGGUACUGGCAGUUUUAGUUAUCCACUUGAAUCUUCAUUGGAGUUUGCAAUUAGCAAACCAUAUUAGCCUACGGUAAUUUAAAAGAGUCAACAAAAUGUCUGAAGGUCAACCUGAUGCCACUUUCAAACUUGUCCUAGUUGGUGAUGGAGGUACAGGAAAAACUACAUUUGUAAAGCGCCAUAGCACUGGUGAAUUUGAGAAAAAAUAUGUUGCGACUCUUGGUGUUGAGGUUCAUCCAUUAUGUUUCAACACUAACUUUGGUGUCAUCAAGUUCAAUGUUUGGGACACAGCUGGUCAAGAAAAGUUUGGUGGAUUGCGAGAUGGCUACUACAUUGCUGCACAAUGUGGAAUUAUAAUGUUUGAUGUAACUUCACGUGUCACUUACAAAAAUGUACCAAAUUGGCAUAGAGAUUUGGUACGAGUGUGUGAAAACCUUCCAAUUGUUUUGUGUGGAAACAAGGUUGAUAUGAAAGACAGAAAGGUCAAAGCAAAGCAGAUAAAUUUUCAUAGGAAGAAAAAUUUACAGUACUACGACAUCAGCGCCAAAAGCAACUACAAUUUUGACAAACCAUUUUUGUGUCUUGCAAGAAAGCUCUGUGGGGAACCAGAUCUACAUUUCACUGAAAUGCCAGCUUUAGAACCCCCAACUGUUUUCAUGGAUCCUGCAUUGGCAGCCCAGUACCAAAAAGAAAUCGAAGAUGCACAGCAGGUUCCUCUACCUGAUGAUGAUGAUGAGGACUUCAAGUAGGGGCCACAAAAUUAACACUUCCCAAUUUGUGGAGGACAACUAAGUUUCUGUGCUUGUUGAGUAUUGGAAAUUAUGUUCAGUUGUAUUUGAACAUGGCUUUGUUGCCUACGGUAUAAUGCAGCUUGAAAUAUAUUAAUGUCAGCACUUUGUCGUAAUAUUGUAACUUCGUAGUGAUUUGUUAUCAGUCUAGUGUAUAAUGAAUGA